GCUAGCAUAUCAUGUACCGUAUGCAUACCGCAUAUGCGCAGUGAGUGCAGUGUGAGUGGGCCUGGGAACUGGCUGGUUGAAUUGACUGAAAACACAUAAAAUGGAGCUGGAUUCAGAAGGGAUUAACUCGCAGGAGGAAUUAAUUAUAUGUGAUGAAGCUGUCCGGAAUGAUGAUUAUGAAGUGGAGAAAAUCACUGGAAUGCGUUUGGUGAAGGGGAAACUAUGGUUCCGUGUGCGAUGGAAAGGUUACGGUGCGGACAUGGCUACGUGGGAGCCAAGAGGAAAUCUCAACCACUGCGAAGAGCUCCUGGAAGAUUACGUCUCCAAAGUACAAGCCAAAAAGUACAAGCAGAAAAAGAGGAGGCAAAUACAAUCUGCCUUGAUCCAGUCUGUUAAGAAAGACCAGAAGGAGGAUGAUACCAAUGUCACCCUGGGGGUCAAUCAUGCUGUCAAGAGCAAGUUGCAGUUCAACGGAACUAUCAUGAGAAAAAAAAUGAUCAAAAAGUUCAUCUCAAAGCCAAAUAAGUUCUCCAAUCAAACGAACCAGAAAAAAUGGUCGCUGAAUGAAAACCCAUUGGAUCUGGUCAGUUUGAAGACGCCAGAGGAGUUGCCUUUGGAGACGCCAAAUGUUGAAGUGCCAGUGAAAGGAAGGAUGAAAAGAAGGGGAAGGGGAAGACCAAAGAAGAAAACCACCAAGAUGCCUGAUCUUCAGCCACAGACAGAAUUUAGUUUAAACAGACAAACCUGCCUUGAGACUGAAUCCCAGUUAGGUCUGGACAGCCAAACUUGCCUUCAGCCACAAACUCAGUUACGUCCCAACAGAGAUACUAGCCCUCAGCAAGAAACUUGCCUUAAGUCCAAGACUCGGUUUUGUCCCGACGACACAGAAGUUCGCCUUCAGUCCCAAACUCGGUUGUGUUCAGUCAAAGAAACUCGCAUUCUGCCGGGGUCCAGGUUGUGUUCGGACAGUGAAACAAUGAAGCAGCCAUGCCCAGAGAUUGAAACUCGCCUUCAACCCACAUCUGAGCAGUGUCCGGAGAUCGAAGCCCGCCUGCAGCCUCAAUCACAGCCGUGUCCGGACAGAGAGCCUCUGGAAACUGUAGAUGACAUUAUUCUGCUUGAGGGCAAUUCAGUAUCGCAAAAGAAACAUGACUCUGUAGUUAAAAGGGGCAGAGGAAGACCCCCAAAGAAAAAGAAACGGAAAGAGUUGCAUGAAGAUUUGUGCAGCCAAAAGAAUCCAACGAACAUUCGUAGGAAAAGAGGAAGACCAAAGAAAGCUGUGGCCUGUGGUAGGGUUACCAAGGCAAAGACUUAUGAACAUUACAAUGGACAAAUCAAAUUGAAGAAAGUGGUCAUUAGAGAGCUGAGAAGUUUAAAGGCUCUCUUGGAGUUUCAAAGGCAGAUCAGCGAUGAGGAGAAAGAGAACAAGACAAACACCUAUAGCAACAAGGAAGAAGUUGUUCCAUCCACCUUGGAGCACAGGCAUGUCCUUGCCUCAGAAUACCGCAACCGAUUCUUCAUCCGUAUAAAGACUGGAAGCUUCAAGGACCAAUCCACGAAACGCAGGAGGAAACGAAAAGAAGAUAAGGAAAAGCGAAAGAAGAAAAGAGAAUCUCGUCGGAUGGUGAGGCGUAAUGAAAGUCAUAAAGGAAAGAAGGAGCUCUCAGAUGUCAAGGAGAUAUGUCGCGGGGUAGAGGAAGAUGGGAAGGAGGAUUGUGCUCUUCCGGAAGUGGUGGAAAUUAGUUCUUCCUCUGAAGCAGGGGAAGGCGAGGAAGGAAGCGCUGAGUCACAAAUGGACACACCAUCUCACUAUGGAUAUGAUGACUUGAUUGAUUUCAGUAAGGAAAAUAGUAUGGCAGACAAAAACAAGGGAGAUGACACCAUUUAUGCAGAUGUGCAAGAGGUAACUGAGAAAGAGAAUAUCUGCACUGAUAAUAUUUUGCAAGAUGUGAUGACAGUCAGGCCUAAGAAUUUGGUAGGAGAUGACAAAGAGGUGCAGGAAACUGGAGAGGCUGAUGACGAGGAAGCAGCAGCAGCAGCUGAUGAUGAGUCGUCAUCUCUUGUCAUUCCAUUUGAUGAGGAAGAGGAGGAGUCUUCAUCUUUGAUCAUUGCUGACGACUGCAUUGAAGAUGAUGACGAUGAUGAUGAUGAUGACCUAAGAGAAACUGUCAAAGAAGGGGAAUGGAAUGGUGUUCCUGAUUUGACAAGAGCUGGUAAAGAGCAGUAUAAGAAAACCAAACCUUGUCAGAAGAGCUUUGAAGAUCCUGACUCUGAUGAAUUCAUCUUUGAGAACAGUGGCAGUGAAACUUCAGAGACCCCACAGAUAUUAGAAAAAGAAGAAAACAGCCUAAGAAUGUCUGCCAAUGUUUUUAGGAAAGAGGAUAAUAAGAGGGAAUUCUAUGUUGAGGAUGAAAGCCAUUAUAAAAGCCAUGAAGACAUCACUGAUGAAGGAGAGGAGGAUACUAUGCGAUCACUGGAACCUAUGGAUUUAACAUUCGCAGGGGACAGUGGAGAAAUGGUUGAAAAUGGAGACUCGUUCAUGGGUGAAAGUGCGGAAAAAACAAACUUUGAGAAAUCAGAGAGUGAAGUGAAUUCUGGGCCACCUAUUCAAAUGGAAAUGGAAAUGGACAAGACAGAGAAGCCAGUCAAUGCGAUGGCUGAAGAUGUUGGAGACAUAAGACCAAUACGAGCCAGCAGAAUCCAAGUCUUAGACAAAUGUAUGGAAGAGGAAGAUUUUAACCUUGAAAUGAAGACUUCUGAAAUAUUUUUGAAAACCAGAAAAGAUAAAAGAAAUCAUGAAGAAGAAAAGGAAGAGGCAAAUGAUAGGAUAAUAGUGGAUGAAUGCAGUGGCUAUAGAGAUCUUGAAACUAGAGAUGACCAAUCUGAACCACAAUUACCAGCAUUAGGUGAAAGUGAGAAGAUGAGAGAUUCGAAGAAAAUAGAUGAGAACAAUAAAACAGAAUCUGGGUUGGAAUGCCUUGCAACCUCAAACGAACAUACUCUUCAAGAGAAUUCUGAUGUCAUAAUGAUGGAUUCUGAAUCAGGAGAAGACAAAAGGGAUGAUAUUGAAAAUAAAGGUAAAACGUAUGAUGCCCAGAUAGAAGAAGAUUGCAAAGAUAAUCAUCUCAGAACAGAUGCAAACACUGACCUACAGAACCCUCAAGUUGCCGAGCUUGUGAAGGAAGCUGAGAAUGAACUGGUGUCAUUAUCAAUAUGUCCUCCGAAACCACUGGAAGACAACCAAGCUACCGGAACAGUGAUUGGUCCACUAGUUUUUCCAAAGAAUGAUGGAGAAGCACUUGUUGUCAGAAGGAAAGAAGAGAGUUAUGAUGACCCGAUGGAGAUGCAACAGAAAGGCCUUUCAGAAACAAAAGAACUUAACAAGGUGUACCGGGAAGAGGGUAAGGAAGUGGUAUCAGAUGUGCUUGAUUCCAAUCAAAGUUCAGAACAGAAGGAAAUACAGGAUGGAAAGACGAAUGAUGUGGAUCCGAAGGAACAGACUAAUAAUAUGAAGGAGCCACAGGGGACAGUGCUGUCUAAAAUUGAAGAGCAGGAGAGGAUUCAUCUGGAAGAUACCAAACAAAAGGAGUCAGACAUGGCCAAUCCCAAGGAAAGUGGAGAAAUUGAAGUGGUACAGGAUAGAGAAAGCAAGGAUGCUGGAAGGAAAGAAGAGAUUGAUGAUGUCCCUUCUGAGUCUCAAGGUUUAGAACUGUCUGAAACCAAAGAACAGGACUGGACUCAUCAGGAAGAUGUCAAGCAAGAUGAAUCAGACCUUGAAGAUCUUAAAGAGAUUGAAGAAAUUGAGGUGGUACAAGAUGGGGAAAUAAAGGAUGCUGGAAGAAAAGAAAAGAAUGAUGAUGACCCGUUUGAGCCUCAAGGUGAAAUGCUGUCUGAAACCAAAGAGCAUGACAGGAAUCAUCCAGAAGAAACCAGGCAAGAUGAAUUUAACAUGGCUGAUCUGAAUGAAAGUGCAGGAAUGGAGAAAAUAAUUGAUGAAGAGAUGGAGCAGGUGAAAAUUGCAGGUGUCUCCCAAACAACCACUAAAGAAGGCGACAAUGAAGCAGAUAAAAGAGAAGGGGGAGAAGAUUGUCAAAAGAUUGUUGCAAUUGGUUCAAGCGAAGCAGAUGACCACAAAGAAUUUGGUGAUGAAAAUACAAAGGAAACCAAGGGGAUGGGAGAAUUAGAGGAGGUGAAAUACAAAGACGAGGACAGAGAAAAGCAGAGCCUAGAUCUUGAAACGUCCCUAGCAAUACUUUCAAUUGGAGAAAAUGAGAAGAGAGUAGAAGCUUGUGAUGGAGAAACAAUGGAAACCGAAGUCGUAAGAGAAGAUGAAGGAAAUAAACAAGAUCAUGAAAUGAUGGCAGCAGUACAUUCAAUUCAAGAGGAGAGUAAAAUAGAAUAUUUUGAGGAAGAAAUGCACAGUACCAGCAAGAAGAGGGAUGUUCAUAGUAUGAACAGUACAGAUGAGGAUAAUAAAAAUCAAAACAGGGAUCGUGAACAAAGGAAUGCAGCAGUCUUGCCUACUUCCAUAAAUAGUGCUGGAAAUAAAGAAUUGGGUACUGACCAUAUCAGUAAACAUACAGAGCUUGAUGUGCCUCAAGGUGACAUUGAAAUUUCGGAAUCUGCAUCCAUAAUAUCAAAUGAGAGGGAAACUGGAGGUGAAAACCGAAAAGUAGAGUGUAAUGAAGAAAUGAAGGAUUCCAAUGAGGAAAGACAGAUUGAAGGUUUGAAAAGUGAAGAACAAGUCACUACUGAUGAUAAGAGGGAAGGGGAUUCUAAAGAGAUAAAUAAACAAAUGUUACCAUCUUCAGGAAGUAAUGAGAUGGAAGGAAAUCCUCAGGCUGAAGAAACCGACCUUGAAACGGCUGCUGCUGUAAAAGCAAUAGAGAGGGAGUUGGGAAUAGUUGAGGUUGACGAUCAGAGGGAAAAGUCAGCUCAAAGAUAUGACAAGAUGAAUCCUGAAAUAUCACAAGCACAGGAAACAGAAGAAUAUAAUGGUAGAGAUGAAAAACAAAGGAGGGUGGAUGAUGAAGAAAUGGAAAUAGAAAUGAAAGAUACCCAUGGAAUUGCAGAAAAAGAAAUGCCAAAGGUGGAAGCAUCGGUGAGUGAGCAAAACAUGUUGCAUCAAAGAGACAACCAAAACCUAGUGCCAGAAUUGAAAACCAUAAAGGAAGUGGAAAUUGAGCAAAUGAAUGAUGUAAGAAAGCAGAAUGGGAAAGAAAUGGUAGAUCAGGAAAAGGACGAAGAGGAAAAGGGAGUGAGGAUUCCUGAAAUAACAUCUGCCAAGACUGGAAAGAAGUCGGACACUAAGGCAAACAGUGUAAUGGAGAUGGAAGAAACAGAAGAAAGUCAAAUAGAUGCUAAAACAAUGGCUGAAGGCAAAGACAUGACUGGAUUUCAAGAAGGGGGUGCUGUUGUUCUGGAGGAUGAUAAACCUGAGGAACAAAUGAUGAAGACAAACUCAGAAGAGAAUCUGAUGGAUCAGGGAAUCAAAGAAGGGGAUAUAAAAUGCUUGAUCACUGAAGAAGAAACCACAGUGACUGCUGCCAUUAGAAAUGGUGCAGAUAACGGGUGUAUAUUGGAGAAGGAAACACCUGACCUUUCAGUAAAAGACCAAAGAGACCUAGGCAAGGUAGAACAUAAUUUCGAGAAAGUUGUGAAGGUGGUGGAAUCUGAAGUCUCAAAGGCUACCUGUGUUCAUGAAGAGAAAGUGGAGGAGACUAAUGAACAGGACAAACUGGACAAAGCUGAGAAGGCUCAGAGUACAGAAAUACCAACAGGAGAAGGCAAUCUCCAUGCGGAGAAAAGAAGAAAUAGGGAAUCUAGGCCAAAAGAUUAUGUUAAAAACGUUGGAGUUGCAUCAAAAGAUGAUCACAUGGAGAUUAUAAGAGUAGACAAAAAAACUAUCAGUGAUGUUGACACCAGGCUUGCAAAUGACCAUUUGAAGAGAAUUGGCUCUGAGGAGAAGCUGACUGGCAGAACUCUUGAUAAAGUGGAUACUAAGGGAGAUAAACACCGGAAUAAUGAAAUGAGCGAGGAUGAAGCUGUUGCGAAUUCGUGCCAUAGGAAUGACAUGGAAAGUACUAAUGAAGGAUUGCCAGCUGACAUAGAAAAUAAGUGUGAUAAAAACAACAGAAUUCCAUCUCCAAAUGAAGCAACAGAGGCACGAGACAUAACCAGUGGAAAUACAGGCCAUGUUCAAGAAGCUGCUCUCAAGGACAAAGUGGAAGUCUUCGAGAGUAAAGCACCUUGGAACUCUGAAGAUGCACUUGAUUUACAUAUUAGCCUAGAAGAGAGAAUAGAAGUAUCAGGAAAGACAACUGCUGACAAUCCUUGUAGCAACCUGGAUGAUACUCCAGACGAAGUGGACCUUUAUGAAAGCAAAGACGGUGACACCAGUACAAAAGAAAGAGCAAAAACCACAUUAGAAGAACUUGAGGAAGGUGAAUUACCAGAAGACGAUGAGGAGGAUGUCAUUGAGGGGACAGAUGGUGACAAAGAAGAAGGAGAGAUAACAGAAGAUAUUGAGGAUCUAAAAUAUGAAAGAACAAGAACUGUUGAAAUUGGAGAUACACCUCCAGUAGUGACAGACAAGACAGAGGUGCAUAGGCAUAUCUCACAACAGGUGAGGAGAAGAAGUCAAGAAUCUAUUGACGUUAACAAGAUCAACUCGGAUCAUCAAACAACUCAUUGUGAUGUACAACAAAAGUCCAUAACAACUGUGAGAAGUGCAAUUGAUUUCAAUAAAAAUGGGUCCUAUUCAACAAAAGACCGUCGAAGAUCAACAAAUUCAGAGCCUAAUAAUGCCAUUCCAAUUGAUGAGGAUGAUGAAAUUGAAGUAUUGGAAACUAACUUUUCAAGGAAAGUAAACAGAAGCAAUAGUGGAAUUAACUCUUUGGAAAAUGACGUUUAUAUCGUUCAUGAAGAACCUGCCAAACCGGGAGUAAGACUGCGCAGCCACAGAAGGAAAAGCACUGAACAAGCAAAAAAUAGGACAGCUAAAUCUAGCCAAAACUGUGAAACACUGUCCACAAAGUUUGGAAGUGGGCUGAAAAAGGUAUCACCUAAUUUUAAUUCACAUGUCAGUAAGGGAGACAAAGAUGGAAAUAUUGCAAGGAAAGUGGUGCAUAGUGUGAAGGCUCACUUACACCAGGCUGUUAAUGGCCCUAAAGAAUUUGACAAGAGUAGAGAAUCUGUAGUAGAAAAGAACAGCACUUGCCAGAAUCGGGUCUUACGACCCAAAGAUUCUGUAAGCAGUGAUAGACAAGAUUACCUGUUCAAUAGGAUAGAAGUAGGCAGUGGUGACGCAGGUACGUAUGCUGGUAAAGGUGGAACAAAAAGGAAGAGCGAUGAAGAAGAUGAUAGUGACAGCGGGUUCCAGAGUCGUCCAAAGAAAAAACAUGCAGGAAAGUCCGUCUGGCAGAUGGUUCAGAGAAAAGAAAAGAAGCCAGAUGAGCCUGUCUUUGAAGGCAACACCAAAAUCAACCGUCAGAAGAUUGUCAUCAAGAUCUCCAAGAAACUCUUGUCAGAUCAACCUGAGACCAAUGAGCCACAGAACAUCACCAAAAGGAAGGAGUCGGAGAAGUCAUCAAGUAGGCACAGCUGGAAUGAAGGGGAAAAGAUGGAGGUAACUGAUAGAGAUGAAGGAUAUCGAGAAAGAAGGAUGACUAACAGGGUGGAGGAUGAACCAAAGGAGAAGCGAGAGAAGGCACAAGUGAAUGGAAGAGGUGGAAAGACUGGAUCAUCAUCAUCAGAGGCUUCAAGGAGAUCGUCAUCACUUCCCAACACAAAACAGGACAAGAAUAUAAAUGAUACUAAUCUUAAGAAUGGGAGAGAAAGUAAGACCAACUCGAAAUCGAUGUCCAGUGAUCUUCUCAAAGACUUAAAGAAACUCAAAGCUCAUGGGAUCAAACAAGGUGAUCUGCCAUGGGUCAAGGACCUCCUAGGAACCAAACAUGUUGCGUGCCUCUCCGAAGUAUGUGCUGCCCUCACCAAGUUCAUGGAUAGCAAGGAUCAUAAAAUCAAUCUUGUCGUUGAGAUGGGAUUCUGUCCUGUGCUGGUCAAUCUUCUCAGGAGUGAAUCGUCAGAAGUGAUUUCAAGUGCUCUCUUGGCAGUCAGCCAUAUAGUAUCAGGGAAUGACUAUCAAACACAGGCUGUCCUGGAGUGUUCCCCAUUGCCAUUGUUCUGUAACUUCUUGAGCCGUCAUAAACACGAUGUCACACUCAGGAAAGAGGCAUGCCUUGCUCUCUCUAACAUCACAGCUGGCACCAGUCAACAAAUACAGCAUCUUGUGAACGAUGGUCUGUUUCCAGUUUUACUUAGUGCCAUGCAGCACGAUGAGUUUCAGGUCAUGUAUGAAGCUACAUGGGCAGUCGCUAAUGCAACGGUCAAUGGCUCACCAGAGCAGAUUAGGUACAUAGUAAAGCAAGGUUUCUUCCAAGCUUUCUCUGAGAUUCUUAAACACAACGAUGACACACUGAUCCAGAUUGCGCUUGACGCCAUGUACAAUGUUCUCAAACUAGAUACCAAACACAAGAAAGUUGGCAAAACCACUCCCUAUUGCCGACAGGUCAAAGAAUUUGGAGGCUUGCAAAGAAUCAGAAACGUUCGACUGAGCGGUUCGACUGUUGUCAAGAAGAAGGCUUACAACAUGCUGACUACUUUCUUCCCGGACUUCUAACAAUGAUUUCAUAUUCAUUGGCCAUCUCAGGUGAUAGCGUGGCAUUGCUUCAUGGAUAGUACUGGUCUGCGCCUCUGCAGAAAACUCUUAGCACCCGCUCUACAGCAUCUUGGAAAGUUCUACAUUCUUAGAGAUCGGACGUUAUUGGCCUUGAAGAGCAGAUUGUUGAAAUAAUUGAUGCAAUGGAAAGCAUUGAAAAAUAUGGUGUUGGUGCUUUGAGUAUCUAAUGUGUCAAGUGGUGUUGUUUUUUUUACAUAUUGUGAUUGUAUGUAACAGUUUACCUCACUAUAUUGCACAUUAGAUGAGAAAGGCAUUAUAGAUUCAAGGCCUCUUACAGUUGAACAGAAUUAGAAAGUGCACCGUAGUGUAGUUCAUUCUUGCAUUUCAUUUCAUUCUGUCAUUCAUUAUUGACUAUUUUAUGGGAUUAAUGGGCUAUAUCUAACUGAUUUUGAUCAAUCAAUGAUAUUGUAUCACUUCACAGACAAAUCAGAGUGAGCUGUUACAAGUCUAUUGCUAAAGAAAAUAUAUGAAUAAGUGGUAUACAAUCAUGUUUUGUUGAUUUGUCAGGAUUGUUUUCCCCUACUUGAUAUACCAACUGUUUAUGAGGUCAUUACUUCAUAAUGACAGUCUAUUUAAUUGUGAUUGAAGUUUGGGUUUCUAUUUCUUGAAAGAAUAUAGAGAUGUCCAUGUGUCAUGAGGUCGCCGACCAAAAAGGGUGGUACUGUUACAUAUUUUGGUUAAUUUGUUGAGCUAUUCCUAAAUAAUUUCAAAACCAAAGUAGCUAUGCCAAGAAGUGUAUCAUUUCAAAGCAGAUUUUGAAUCAAUUUAUUGACCAUACACCCAAUAAAAUUUUACAUUGUUAGAAAGGUCUGACUCUGUACUGUACAGAAAUGUGAUUAUUUUGGUCAUAGGGGACUAUACAAAUUAUCAUAAUCACAAAUAUUAGAUUUAAAAAUUAUUAAUAUAUAUUUGUUCAACACGAUAUAACACUAAUGUCUGACACCUAAUUCUAUGUCUGAGUGCAUAUUUGGGUUUAUUAAGCAAUAUCCUUUCAGAAAAUAUAUACUUUUACUAUCACAGGGUGUAUAAUAGUGAGAUAGAGACUUUUAAAGUUAAAAAGUGACACAAAAGCAAAAAUCACUAUGUACCGCAAAAGUAGGCGGCCUCAUGACACAUGGCCAUACUAUACCCCCUUAGGAGAACACUCACUUAUUUCAAACAAUCACAAAGUGAUUCUUAAAUUCUUUAAUAUUUGUAAUUUUGCCUUCUUUGAUUGCAGCUUAUAAAGAAGUACCAUUUGAUAGUACAUUUAAAUCACCGAUCAAUUAGAAACUAAAUGAUGGUAUUAUAUUAUUGUUAGUAAAAGCUCCUUGUAUUAAAAUGUGUGAUGUAGGUAUAAAGCAUUAGAUGCUAACCCUUACCAAUGAUACUCUUGUUCUUUCAGAUAUCUUGAUAAUAUCAUAUAAGAAAUAUAUCUAUAUCUUUCUAGAUAUUUUUACCAGAGUUUAUAGGAUAUUUUACAAUAGUAUAAAUGUAUAUCAAAUAACAAUGGGGUCUACGAUUUAUAUAUUUUGUUUGUGUGUGAAUAUAUUGAAUCACUUUACGGUAUCAUAAGAUAGAAAUAUGAACAUAUCAGUACUCUGACUUUAUUCUAGUGUUUAAAAGCAACACUUAUAUACGCAAUCUUCUAGUAAAAAGUAAAAGUAAUUGGUGCUCAUAAAGUGCAUAAUCAAUGACAACUGCUAUAUGAUAUACACUUCUGCCCGGUGGCAUGUGGCUACGUCAGGACUGGCACAUACUCAUGAAGUGCAAAAAUAUUUAUAAGUAGGUUUGGGGACCUAUUUGUUGUUAACAAGUUAUAUCCCACAAAGAUACCCAUACUCAUCUUAAAAAAACCUGGUUAUUCAGCUUCUUGAUUAUAAGGAUAACAAAUUUAUAUCUUUGAACGGUAUUAAUAAGACCAACAACUAGACUUUAAUAAUCAAAUCAUAAUUGAAUAUGCCUUGAACUUUUCCACAAAUGGGGGGGGGUGGAAGUUACUGUGCUUUGUGUUUUAAAUAUUGUCAAAAAUUAACUCAAUUUAAUAGGGAGAGAUUGCCAUGUAUACAUUCUACGAAAGCUUGCCUUUUAUGAAAACAAAUCAUUUUUAUUUUAGAUUUUAAAAGUCUCAACUUCACAACUGAUUUACAGAGUCUUGCCAUGAACCACCUCAUUUAAAUCGUGCCAUUUCCAGCUUUAUAAAAAUAGAGCCCUUCAACUCAGUCAUAAUAAUAAUAAUAA